AACUGCUGGUGGAAGUCGACCACAUAGUUGUGCUGGAGGACACUAGAAAGGAUAUUUGAAUCCAAACCAUGAAUAAUCAAAACCCACAAAGGUUACACCUGCAAAUAUUGAGGGCUGACUAUAUAACGUUGACAUAUCUUUGCACUCUUAGCAAUAUGAGAAUAUUAGUAUCAGAAUCUUUAGUUAGUGCUCCUCUACGCUGUCAAUAAAAUUAUUUUAUCAAAUACAAACACAGAAAAAGAAGCUGUUGAAAGGUAUCUUUCUUAGAGGAGGUGUUGGUUUAUUGUUUAAGUGGCUGUAAUAUCGUACCAUAAUAUUAAUUAAAAUUCAUUUUUUCUUGACUUUUAAUGGUUUCAGUGGUUGUUAUUUGAGGUGAAUUUCUCAUAAAGUUACAAAUUGGUUGUAUGCACACUGGAUUUUCUAGCUUUUCAGUGGUAAUUUUGAAACUAUCCUUGUAAUGUACAGUGCAGAUCAAAUAACACUAGAAGCCUAGUUGGUUCUACUCUGGUUUCAUUUUGUCAUUAGUGAAUAUUCUGGUUUCAUUUUACCACUAGUGUAUAUGUUUAAGUCAACUUAGUAUAUUAAAAUUAUGGAUUUUGAUAUGAUUUGUGGGUACACUGAGGAUCAUCCCACAGAGAGGGGAAAGUGCCAGUGCUGUCUUAGAGGGCCAGAUGCCUGGACUUCUGUCACCACCAUUUUCCCACCCAAGUAUUCAAAAAGUGAUGCUGUGGUGGAGAAAGUAAAGGAGUUUGGUGCUUCUUUGAGGUUCUCCAGGGACAGACUGAAGCCCCUUCUACACCACCAUAGAAAAUCCAGAUUAUCCACUUUUAACUGGAUUAUAUGGCAGUGUAGACUCAGAUAUUCCAGUUCAAAACUGACAAUCUGGAUUAUCUGUUUUGAUAAUCUGGAUUAUGUGGCAGUGUAGAAGGGGCCUAAACUCUUGCCUUUUUGCACUCUGCUCAGAGAUGGUUUGAUAAGACUGAAAGGAUAGUACUUACAUUGACCUGUAGAUAAGUUUUACCCAGCUUUGGGUGGUUGAUUGACUGAUAUUGAAAUGGCAGACAAAGGUUUGAGGUAGUGAGACAAAGAGAGUUCUGGUUGCUGUAGAAAAAGACGUUUAUUCUCAGUGGCCAGAGAGAAUAAGCAAUAGGAAGGACCUUCUCCUGUAAUCAGGAAAGCGAAGGUACAGAACAAAGAAACACAGGUCCUUAUAUACCCUUUUUGCCUUCAUCUACCUACGUCAUAGAGGCAUUAUCCAUCACCAAUUAGUGUCAAAAAAGUCUUACUUUGCACUUUACUAAAAGCUACUUUUGCAUUUUCCUAAAAUAUAGGCUACUUUCAAGACCUCUGACCCUCCAUUAGGCCUUAUUUAAGGAAUUCCUAUCUAGGCUUUCAGGGAUCCCAUUAAUUGAAGAAUUUUCCCGUAUCUUAGCUUGUCAGGGAGUCAUUAGCACUCCUACAUGGCGCCAGGUCUUAUCUUGACAUCCUAAAAGCCUUAAUUUGUCUUUUGUCCAUUAGCAUGGAGCUUUAUCUAUUCUUGUUGACACUUGACAUAUGUCUCUGGAACUUAGGGUGAAUUUUGGUCUCUGCUUAUGGGGAGACAGUUAUUUGCUAGGCAGAGUGUAUUUUGGAGCUAUAUGCACAAAUUCUGCUAGGGAUUACAUAUUUUCUAUUCCCAUUUCUAAUAUGAUUACAUUCAAUAUAUAGUUUCCAAUACAAGUAUUAUAUUUUCCCAAUACACCUUCAUCAAUAUUAUUAACUGUUAUAAUAUUCUCAUUUUACAUUGUAUUACUGUUUUUAUUUUUUUAUACUAUGAAUUGUGUUUAUGUUGUUGUUUAUUUUGUUUAAUUAGGUUGUUUGGGCUUUUGCCCCAUGUAACCACCUCGAGUCCCUGGGGAGAGAUGGUGGCGGGGUAUAAAUAAAGUUUUAUUAUUAUUAUUAUUUAUUAGAAAUUUCUAGACUUAUACAUGAGUAUAUACAAUUUGGCUUUUUAAUUUAAAACUUUUGGGGGAAUCUUAAUAGCUCUAUACAACUGCAAAUGUGCAUGAUUUCAACCAUCUUAAAAUGUAUUUUAAUUGUUGUAUAGUUCACUGUGUUUUUAGACUGUUACCUUAUUUUUAACUACUUUGAUAUUGUAAAACAUAUUGGAUUAUGCAUUGCUCUCAGAUUUUGGGUAUGAGGAGGGACUGGACAUUUUAACUAAUGAUAAAGCAAACACUUUGCUGAGCUUAUUUCAUCCCCUUUUAUUUGUGAUUUAAACUGCUAUUAUUUGUAGGACAUUUGCUGGGGUUCAGAGCCUUCUCAGAAACACGACAAAGACGCUUUGCUGGGGAAAGUGCUGUUUGGACACUUGGUUAUAUGUGGAAGUCAGGGACCACAGCAGUGCCAAAAUGGAAGCUGGUACUCCAGAAGGUGUCAGUUUCCAGCAGCCAACCAAAAAGAUCCCAAAACGUCGGAUAGUUAUACCUUCUCUGCAAAGUUUUAAAGAUGAGUAUGAAAAAGUAUCAAAGUAUUAUAUGUCGAACAGAAUACGGACUACAAAGUACAGACUAUGGACUUUCAUACCAAGAAAUUUAUAUGAACAAUUUCACAGAGCUGCCAAUUUAUACUUCCUAUUUAUAGUUCUGCUAAAUUGGAUCCCCGUUGUGGAAGCCUUUCGAAAAGAAAUCACAAUGAUUCCUCUCCUUGUGGUCCUCACAAUUAUUGCAGUGAAAGAUGGCCUGGAGGAUUACACGAAAUACAGAUUGGAUAAAAUGAUAAACAACUUUGUCACCCAUGUCUACUGUGGAAAGACUGGGGACUUUGUGGACAAGUUCUGGAAGGAUGUUAAGGUCGGUGAUUUUAUCCAGCUGUCAUGUAAUGAGGAAAUUCCUGCCGACAUGGUACUGUUGUAUUCUAGUGAUGGAGAUGGGCUCUGUCACAUUGAAACCUCAAGCCUUGAUGGAGAGACUAAUCUAAAAGAGAAGCUGAUCGUGAAAGGAUUUGUAGAACAGACCACUGAAAUGGAUCCAGAAUCAUUUUCAUACAGAAUUGAAUGUGAAAUACCAAACAGUGAUCUCAAUUGUUUCCGAGGCUUUAUACAGCAUACCAGUAAGGAACGAGUGGGGCUGAGUAAGGAUAAUUUACUGCUGCGAGGAUGCACUGUCAGAAAUACAGACAUUGUCGUGGGAAUUGUGGUGUAUGCAGGUCAUGAAACCAAAGUCAUGUUAAACAACACCGGAAGCCGUUAUAAACGAAGUAAAUUAGAAAAGAAGCUCAAUGGAGAUAUCAUCGGGUGUGUCCUGCUUCUUGUUGUGAUGUGCUCUGUGGUAGCUGUGGGUCGUGGAAUUUGGUUGAGCAACCACCCCGGACAAUAUGUCUAUAAUAGCGGAAAACAGUUCGAGCCAGUCUGGGGAGGCUUUUUAAUGUUUUGGACUAUGAUCAUUUUACUUCAGGUUUUGAUCCCAAUUUCUCUAUAUGUUUCCAUUGAAUUGGUCAAACUGGGCCAAAUUUAUUUUAUCCAAAAUGACAUUGAUCUAUACCAUGAGCCCACAGACACCAAGAUCCAGUGUGGAUCUCUGAAUGUUGCUGAGAACCUUGGACAGAUUGAAUAUAUUUUCUCCGACAAAACUGGAACCCUCACUGAGAACAAAAUGGUUUUUCGAAGAUGCAGCAUUGCAGGGCAGGAAUACGGCCAUGAAGAAAAUGCCAAGAGACUAGAAACCUAUCAACCAGAUUAUGAAUCAGACCAGGAUGAGGUGGCGUUAUUUGCUUCACAUUGUUCUUUGAAGCGCCUAUCUAGAGGAAGAAUUGGCCGAAAAUCAAGUAUAGGCCUAAAUAUGAAGUCUAUGAGCCGUAUGUUUCGCAGUGGCAGUAUGCUUGGUACACAAAGUAUGAAGCAACUAGCCUUCAGCAGCCCACUUGAAACUGAUGUUGUCCCAGACCAGCGACUUGUAAGCAAAUUCCGUCGAAUCUCAUUUAACUUCUAUAAGAAGUAUGAAACAGCUGAGCCAAUUUCAGAGAUAAUGCAAAUUUCUGAAUUUUUCAUUGCUCUGGCAAUUUGCAAUACAGUUGUUGUUUCAGAACCUGAAACAACAGGUACACAGCCCCCUCUAAAGAGGCGCUGGUCUUCAGUCGGCAAAGCAUCUGCAUUACCCAUAGGUGAUCUAAGGCAUAUGUUAAGCAAGUUUUCACCUCGAAAAAUUAGCCCCACAUCUGUUCAGACUCAAAGCAUACGUGAAGAAAGACCACCAGAAAGACCCAAGAAAUCACCAAAUCUGACUGUCUUCCAUGUACAGUUUCCAGCAUCUGUAACUGCCCAAUUCUCAGAGUCUUCAGUGAGCUCAGAAAGCGCUACAACAUCUGAGCAAGAAGAAACGGAGCUUUCAUGUUUACCUGAUACUAGUAAAGAGGAAUUAGUGUCUUUAGAUGCACCAGACAAAUUUCUUGUGCAUGAAGGAAUGGACCUUUUAUGUGCACCAGGGCCUGAUGUAGAUGGAUUGCCACUUGACUAUGAUCCAGCAGAGCUCUCCUAUGAAGCAGAGAGUCCUGAUGAAGCAGCACUUGUGCAUGCGGCUAGGGCUUACCAGUGCACUUUGGUGGCUAGAAAUCCUGAGCAGGUGGUGAUAGACAUGAAUUAUAUGGGAAUAUUAACAUUUCAACGGCUGCAUAUUUUGCCUUUUGACUCAACCCGCAAGCGAAUGUCUGUAGUGGUUAAGCACCCAAUUUUAAACCGUAUUGUGGUGUACACAAAAGGCGCAGACUCUGUGAUGAUGGAUUUGCUACAGAAAGAACCAACAGGUAAUGAAAACACUGAUAAAAACAGGAAGAAAAUGCAGGAAAGGACUCAGAGGCAUUUAGAUGAUUAUGCAUCAAAGGGACUCCGCACUCUUUGUAUAGCCAUGAAGAUCUUGAGUGAUGAGGAAUAUGAAGAAUGGUUACAAGGACAUUUUUUAGCUGAAAGCAGUAUAGAAAACAGGGAAGAACUGCUCCUUGAGUCAGCAGAAAGACUUGAGAACAACUUGAUUUUGCUUGGUGCCACUGGGAUUGAAGAUCGCUUGCAAGAAGGUGUCCCAGAAACCAUAGAGUCCCUUCGAAAAGCAGGGAUUAAUAUUUGGAUGCUGACUGGUGAUAAACGGGAGACUGCUGUCAAUAUAGCAUAUUCCUGUAAAUUAUUGGAAUCUACUGAUCAGCUCUUCGUUCUCAAGAGUAACAGUUUGGAUGAUUGCACAACGAUGAUAGAAGGUUUUUUAGAAGACAUCAAGAGAAAAGCUUGUUCUAAAGAAAGGCGUAGCACAAUUGCUCUCAGAAUCUCAGCCAGUGCACAUGUUAAGAAACCUCAGUUCAGUUAUGCACUAGUUAUAGAUGGACCAACGUUAAAAUUUGCUUUGCAUGACCGUGUACAAAAGAAGUUCUUAGAGCUCACAGCAAGUGUUCGGGGAGUGAUCUGCUGCAGAGCAACCCCUGUACAGAAGAGCCAGAUAGUGACACUGGUGCGAAAGGAACGGAAGGUGAUGACACUGGCUAUUGGUGAUGGUGCCAAUGAUGUCAGUAUGAUUAAGCUUGCUGAUGUUGGAAUUGGAAUCUGUGGCCAAGAAGGCAUGCAGGCUGUGUUGGCAAGUGAUUUUGCACUUGCUCAAUUCAAGCAUCUGAAAAAGCUGCUGUUUGUUCAUGGUCACUGGUGUUAUACCCGGCUGGCCAACAUGAUCCUAUACUUUUUCUACAAGAACUUGGCUUACGUCGGUCUCCUGUUCUGGUUCCAGUUCUUCUCUGGAUUUUCAGGAACUCCCAUGAUCGACUACUGGAGUUUGAUUUUCUUCAACCUUCUCUUCACAUCAGCACCCCCUAUCAUUUAUGGUGUGUUAGACCAAGAUGUCUCUGCAGAAUGUCUUCUGAGCAAUCCAGAACUUUACAAGGCUAGUCAGAGAAAUGAGCCAUAUGGCAAGUCAGCUUUUGCUGUGAACAUACUUGAUGGAUUUUACCAAAGCUUUGUCUGCUUUUUUCUCCCUUACUAUACAUACCGUAACUCUGGUAUAGACCUCUACUCCUUUGGAAGCAUUCUUAACACUACCAUGUUCUUUAUAAUAAUACUGCACCUUGUGAUUGAGAGUAAAUAUUUGACUAUGAUACACUUCUCUGUUUUUGCAUUUAGCAUCAUUUUGUUCUUUUCCAUUAUCGGAACCUUUGGAGCCCUCUGUGUUCUUUGCAACCCACCUGCCAAUCCAUACUGGGUUAUGCAAAGGCAGUUGGCUAAUCCAGUAUUUUAUCAGAUCUGCAUCGUCACAACAAUGUUGGCUCUACUUCCAAGGUUUUUGUACAGAAUAAUAGAAAGCACAGUGUUUCCAAGCCCACUGCUGCAAGCCAGAUUCCAUGAAAGCCAAUUUAAGCAAACAAAGAUGUUCUGUAUGAAAGUGAUCCCAGUGGAAACUGAUGACUAAAGAACAAAUGGACAUACAAGAAAACAUCUGCCAGCACCCGGCAAGAAAAUAUCUACAAGAGCACAGAAAGUACAGAAAAUGAAGGCAUAAAUACUCUGUGCCAACAUAAGCAUUACUUUUUGUAUAAAAACAAAGAAGAUACACAUGUGUAAUCUCAUUGGCUCAGAUAUAUCAAAGAUCAUUAUACAGAUCAAUAAAAAUCCAACAUUUAAACAA